AUGAGAAAAAUGGAAAAUGUUAGUAAGUACCUUAAGGAGGAAGAUUAUUAUAUAAAAUUGAAAAUUCUGAAGAAGCAACUUGAUAUUUUAAAUAUUCAGGAAGAAUAUAUUAAAGAGGAACACAAAAAUUUAAAAAGGGAAUUGAUUCGAUCAAAAAAUGAAAUAAAAAGAAUACAAAGUGUACCACUUAUAAUAGGUCAGUUUUUAGAUAUCAUAGAUAAUAACUAUGGUAUAGUUAGUAGUACAGCCGGAUCUAAUUAUUAUGUUAGAAUAUUAUCAACAUUAAACAAAGAAGAUUUAAAACCAUCAGUUAGUGUGGCAUUACACCGGCAUAGUCAUUCAAUAGUUAAUAUUUUACCAUCAGAAUCGGAUAGUAGUAUACAAUUAUUACAAGUUAGUGAAAGACCAAAUGUUAAAUAUACGGAUUUAGGAGGAUUAGAUACUCAAAAACAAGAAAUGAGAGAAGCAGUUGAAUUACCAUUAAAAAGCCCAGAAUUGUAUGAAAAAAUUGGUAUUGAACCUCCUAUGGGUAUAUUAAUUUAUGGACCACCCGGUACAGGAAAAACGAUGCUUGUUAAAGCUGUUGCCAAUGAAACAAAAGUUACUUUUAUAGGGGUUGUUGGAUCAGAAUUUGUUCAAAAAUAUUUAGGAGAAGGGCCGAGGAUGGUAAGAGAUGUUUUUAGAUUAGCAAGAGAAAAUUCGCCAUCAAUUAUUUUUAUUGAUGAAGUGGAUGCAAUUGCAACAAAAAGAUUUGAUGCACAAACAGGAGCAGAUAGAGAAGUUCAAAGAAUUUUAUUAGAGCUUUUAAACCAAAUGGAUGGAUUUGAUAAAUCAACAAAUGUUAAAGUUAUUAUGGCAACUAACAGAGCUGAUACAUUAGAUCCAGCUUUAUUACGACCUGGUCGACUUGAUCGAAAAAUUGAAUUCCCUUUACCCGAUAGAAAACAAAAAAGAUUAAUUUUCCAAACUAUUAUUAGUAAAAUGAAUAUUAGCAGUGAUGUUAAUAUUGAAAACUUUGUUGUUAGAACUGAUAAAAUUAGUGCAGCAGAUAUUGCUGCAAUAGCACAAGAAUCUGGAAUGCAAGCUAUAAGAAAAAAUAGAUAUAUUAUAACUGCAAGUGAUUUUGAGCAAGGUUAUAGAACUCAUGUUAGGAAGCAAUUACGAGAUUACGAAUUUUAUAAUAUAUGA